AUGUCAUUUGCCAAUGGCACCUACUUCAAGCCCUCGGUCUUCACACUUACUGGGAUUCCAGGCCUUGAAACAGUGCAACAUUGGAUUGGAAUCCCCUUCUUCGUCUCUUUCAUCCUGGCCACCUUUGGCAAUAGCCUCCUCAUCACCAUCAUCCACUCUGAGCGCAGCCUCCACGAGCCCAUGUAUGUCUUCUUAGCUAUUUUGGCUGCUACCGAUCUGGGCCUGACCCUAUGCAUUACCCCCAAAAUGCUGGCCAUCUUUUGGCUUCAAUCAAGGGAGAUCCACUUUGACUCCUGCCUUACCCAGAUGUAUUUCAUUCACACUUUCCAGUGCAUGGAGUCUGGUAUUCUCUUGGCUAUGGCCUUUGAUCGAUAUGUGGCUAUUUGUGAGCCCCUGAGGCAUUCUGCUAUUCUCACUAGGAAGGUGCUAAUCAGCAUCGUCAUGGCAGUGACCAUUCGGGCAUCUAUCAUUGUCAUCAUGUGUCCUCUUUUAAUUAAAUUGCGCCUGAAGCACUUUCAGACCACAUUCAUCGCUCAUUCCUACUGCGAGCAUAUGGCUGUGGUCAAGCUGGCUGCUGGAAACAUCAGUGCCAAUAAAGCAUAUGGACUAUUUGUGGCUUUCUCAGUCCUCGGAUUUGAUGUCAUCUUCAUUUUUUUGUCCUACGCCUUUAUCUUCCAGGCUGUCUUUAAAUUGCCACAGAAGGAAGCCCGCUUCAAAGCAUUCAACACGUGCACAGCGCACAUCUUCGUCUUUCUGCAGUUCUACAUUCUCACAUUUUUUACAUCCUUCAUUCACAGAUUUGGCUUCAACGUGGCUCCUUAUGUACACAUUCUCCUGUCCAACCUCUACCUCCUGCUUCCACCCUUGCUUAAUCCUAUUGUCUACGGAGUGAAAACCAAGCAGAUUCGAGAGGGAGUCAUCAGGAUGUUCAUCCGCAAAGGUUAA